CAAGUAGACACUCAUCACCUCUAGGCCAACAGUCUGGGCCAACUGGAUGGCAAGCUCAAUCUCAAGGACAACGUCCUCAGCUAGAUAAGUCAGCACUACAAGCCAAUUUCAUAGUUCUUUUAGGACCCAACCUCCUUUACCACUUAGUUCACAAGAACUUCAACCUCAAUCUCAUGGCAAACAUUCACAUACACAGAGACAAGAAUUGCCAAGAAGACAUCCAUAUGGUCGUUCCUCUCACUCACCAGAUGGUCCACGGAUGCCAUCACUCAAAAAAACUAAUCCCUUAACAUGGUCUGCCGCUAUAUGUUGUGCUAUUUUUGCACUUAUUAUAAUUUUAGGGGGGUUAAUUAUUCUCGUUGUCUAUUUAAUAUAUCGUCCACAAAGUCCAGGAUUCGACAUCUCCAGCGUAACGUUGAAUGCUGCAUAUCUUGACAUGGGUUAUCUCCUAAAUGCUGAUGUCACCGUCCUUGCAAACUUCACAAAUCCAAAUAAAAAGGUAGGCGUAGAUUUUAGUUCUAUGAUUAUUGAUCUUUAUUACGGACAUACCCUCAUCGCCAGCCAAUACAUCGAACCUUUCUCAGCACCAAAGGCUCGUUACCAGUUGAGAGAUGUUCAUUUGGUGAGUAGUCAAGUUCGACUUUCUUUAACAGAAAGCGAGAGACUUCAAAAACAAAUAGAGAAUAAUUCUCUAAGGUUUCAAAUCAAGGGAAUAUUUAAGGCACGAUCUAAUUUUGGUAAUCUACUAGGUUACUCUUAUUGGUUGCAUGGUAAUUGCGACAUUAUUGUCACAAGUCCUCCUACCGGGGUUUUAAGAAGAAGCAAGUGCACCAUCAAACAUUGAUCAUCUCAGUUGUAAUUUGG